AUGUCUAGCAACCAGCUGACUCACAAUGAUUACUCCAUCGGAUGGAUAUGCGCAUUGCCAAAGGAGCAAACUGCGGCGAAGGCUAUGCUGGACAAGUUCCACGGCCCUCUCAGCAAGCCUAAGGAGGACCAUAACGCGUAUACGCUGGGCUCAAUCGGCAAACACAAUAUCGUCAUAGCCUGCCUCCCCCGAGGGGAAGUGGGAACCAGCUCAGCGGCAGUUUCUGCGGCACAUAUGGCUCACACUUUUCCAGCUAUCAAGGUCGGCCUUAUGGUUGGGAUUGGAGGCGGCGUCCCACCUCCCGUCAAACUUGGCGAUGUCGUGGUUAGCACACCUGUUGAUCAAUAUCCUGGUGUUAUUCAAUGGGACUUCGGAAAGGCCGAAAAAGAUGGCAAGUUCAAAAGGAUUGGCGCUCUUAAUAAACCCCCAAGGGCGCUCUUGACCGCGUUGGCACAGGUGGAGAGCGAUCAUGAGAUGUACGGGUCGCAUAUUCCUCAGUAUCUGGACGAGCUGAAGGGGAAAUUUCCAAAAUUAGCAGCCAAGUAUACCUGGUCUGACGCUAGGAAAGACCCUUUGCACGAGGAAGACGCAUGUAACUCUGGCACCGAGGAUAUUGCUGUCCAUUACGGGCUGAUUGCAUCUGGUAACAAGGUGAUUAAGGAUGUCAACACCCGUGAUGAGAUCAACGAGAUGCUCGGAGGGAAUGUCUUGUGUUUUGAGAUGGAAGCAGCAGGACUAACAGAUUUCCCAUGUCUGGUUAUUAGAGGAAUAUGUGACUAUGCGGACUCAGGCAAGAACAACGAUUGGCAAGAAUAUGCCGCUGCUGUAGCGGCGGCGUUUGCAAAAGAAUUACUCAGCUACAUCCAGCCAAACGACUUUGAGGGAGAACUACCAAUGAAAGAUGCUCUGGACCGUAUCGAUGCCAAUGUGGCCACCACUCAAGGAGACGUCGCGUAUAUCCGAUCGGAGAUAGAAAACAACGACGAUCGAAACAUUCUAGACUGGCUCACGUCGAUUAAUUAUGGACAACAACAGAGUGACCAUUUUAAAAGGCUGCAGCCGGGAACUGGGGAAUGGCUAAUUGACUCGAAAGAAUUUCAAUACUGGUUGAAUACGGCUAACCAGACGCUUUUCUGCCCAGGCAUCCCCGGGGCCGGCAAAACAACUCUGACCUCGAUGAUGAUCAAUCAUAUCAGUUCCAGGUUCAACGGUGAUGCGGAUAUUGGAAUUGCUUAUAUAUACUGCAGUUAUCGGCAGCAAGAAGAGCAAGACACCGGAAAACUGCUUGCCAGUGUGCUGAGGCAGCUUACUCAACGCGUUCAUCCAUUACCAGACAGCCUGAAGAAUCUCUAUAACACGCAUAAAGCUACACUUACGAGGCCGUCCGAGGAUGAACUGCUCGAAGUUCUCCAUCUCGUUGUACCGAGAUAUUCGCGAAUCUUCCUCGUGAUCGAUGCACUUGACGAAUGUCAAACAUCCAAUCACCGCAUUAUCAACUUCCUUGAUAAGCUUGUCGAACUUCAAAAGAAGCAUGGAAUAAACAUUUUUGCCACGUCACGAUACAUUUCGCAUAUUGUCAAUUACUUCGGAAGCAGCGUGUCCCUAGAGAUUCGAGCUCGCCAGGAUGAUAUUACCAGAUAUAUCAAUGGCCAGAUCGGUCAAUUGCCGAACCACAUCCAAGCCAACGAGAAGCUGCAAGAAGAAAUCAGGACCGAGAUUGUAGAUGCCGUAGACGGAAUGUUCCUCCUCGCGCAGAUUUAUGUCGGUUUUCUCAACGACAAGAUGACACCCAAUGAUGUGAGGGUAAGUUUAGCGGAGUUUCGGAACCAACGGCAAACCCCUGGCGAAGAUGGCCAGGUUCAAGUACUUUAUCAUGCAUAUAGCCAAACGAUGCAGAGAAUCAACAGCCAACUGGAAGGGUUUAAGAACCUCGCAAUGAAGGUUUUAUUCUGGACUACGUGCGCCAUGAGGCGGCUUACCACGGUGGAGCUCCAGCAUGCUCUUGCAACCAAACUCAAGGGAACCGAAUUUGAUCAUGGCGAUAUCCCCCAGGUCGAAGACAUGGUCUCCGUCUGUGCCGGAUUGGUAACGUUGGAUGAAGAUGGCGAAAUUGUUCGGCCGGUCCACUAUACGACACAGAUAUUUCUUCAGACAACGCUAGAGUCCUCGUACCCAACUAUCCAGAGCUUGGGUACAGGAAUUUGCAUUUCCUACCUCUCCUUUGACGAAUUCAGGGCUGGACCAUGCGAAACCCUGGAAGAAUUUGAGGACCGAUCACGGCGCAAUCGGCUCUACGACUAUGCUGCAAAGCAUUGGGCCCAUCAUGCAGUCAAAGACCCGAAAUCAGUUGAAAUUGUGAUGGAAUUUCUUCAGAAUACUUCCACUAGCGAGGCAGCCAGUCAAGUGUUGAUGGUAGAUGAGGCCAUAUCAUGGUGGGAGUCGAAGCAAAACUUUGGCGAGACCCUCAACGGAAUCCACCUGGCUGCAUACUUUGGACUGAAUUCGAUCAUGAAAGAGUUAAUAGCCAUCGGCCGUAGUCCCAACGAGCUGAAUAAUCGCGACAGGAGUCCUGUUUGGUUUGCGGCCAAUAAUGGAAAGGCCGACACGAUGAAUGUUCUCUUGGCCGCUGGAGCCGAUGUGGAUGGCGGGUCUGAUGAGUCAACUGCUCUUUACGAAGCAUGUCGCAUUGGCAGCUUGGGGGCUGUGAAGUUACUUUUGACUGCAGGAGCUGAUAUUGAAGCUAGGAGUAGAUCUUGGGAGGGAUAUACACCACUCCAAAUCGCAGCGAACAAAGGCCAUCUCGAGAUUGUAGAGACCUUGCUAGCAGCUGGAGCUGAUGUUCAUGCGACUGCUUCCCAACUUUCGAAGGUAACAGCACUCCAAGUAUCAGCCGAUAGUGGUCAUCUUGAAAUAGUGGAGAGACUGCUCGCGUCUGGAGCUGACGUUGAUGCUCUUGGUGAUACGCAAUAUGGAUACACCGCUCUCCAAGUAGCAGCACGUCGAGGUCAUCUUGAGGUCGUGGAGAGAUUACUAGCAGCUGGGGCUGAUGUCAAUGCUCCCCGCGCUGAGGAUUAUGGAUAUACAUCACUUCAAGGAGCAGCCGAAGGAGGUUGGCUUGAAAUUGUUGAGAGACUCAUCGCUGAAGGCGCCGACCUCAAUGCCCCUGCUUCCAAGUUCAACUAUACCGCCCUCGCAGGAGCAACUAGGAAUGGCUAUUCAAAAGUCGUGCAAUUAUUGAAGGAAAAUGGUGCUAUUGAGUGA